CUCAAGACUAAUACAGAAUGUAUAUCGCCGCCUCUUCUCGCGUUCCUUUGUUCUGUUUUGCGGUCAUCUGGAUUUCCGCAUCUGUGGCACAGGUGGUGCUCAAUAAAUGGUUCCAGUUUCUACUGACACCGCAGAUCCCCUGGUUCCUCGCUGACCUCGCUGGUGCUGGCUUUGUCUUUACCGCUCCCUUCUACGUAUGGUUUGUGUACUCGGCAAGCCUGAAAGCGAAGCAUGCUGGGGUCAAGGAUGAAUCUGUGAAGGAUCUGUUGAAGGCCCCUUACUCUACUGGGAGAAUCCAGUGGCACAUGUGGAGUGGGCUGACUAUGGCUAUCCAGUUGGUUUCCAUCUCCUUCGCCCUUACGAUGAUGCCUGGAAGCACAUUCACUGUUAUCAGAAGCAGCGAGCUCCUUAUAGGGCUCAUACUGUCUGUGAUGGUGUUCAGGAAGAUCUUCAACGGUUGGCAUUACCUCUCGAUUAUUAUGAUGCUUACUGGUGGGAGUAUGACUGCUCUCGCUAUGGCCAAGCCUGCUCAAGCUCAGCAUCAUGAAUAUAACAUGACCUUGGGUAUCAUCAUUACAGUGUUCGGUGUUGCUGGUUCUAGUACGGUACAAGCUGUUCUCACAGAGUGGGUUUACAAACAGAAGAUUCUCGUCAAAUCGAGAAAUGACCACCUGCUGGAGGCUGGAGUGUACAGCAUGGUGUUCUGCUGCCUAUGGCAGAUUUUGUUCACCGCACUCUUCUCUGGAGGAGAGUACCGCAUGUGGUGGACCACGCUAUUGCCGCAUCUGAACUCGUUAAAUAUCACUCUGUUGGUGAUCUUGUGUGCGUCCCGUGCUAUCGCCUUGGUUGCGAAGAUUGGUGUCACUGCUCACUCGGAUGCUAUGUUCAAUCGAACCUUGUCGACGGUCAGGCGCGCCACUCAGAUUACUAUAAUGGCCAUGUUGUUCCACGAGCCAAUGUCAGUUAUUGCUAUCGGUGGCAUAAUCUUGACGCUAGCCGCCUGCUUGUUGUACGGUCUGGCUAAGAGCCCCACUGUGAAGCCCUCUUCUAAGAACAACAAUCUCGUCGCGGAAGAGGCGCUCCGUGAGAAACUGUUGGAAACGAGCGUGAAGGAUCUGGAAGCUGGAAUAUGUGCAAGUGCUCGCAAGGUCCCCGUCCGUGUGGUGGAGUAGGAGGACGUGUUGUAUUUUGUGAACUAUUCGGUGUUAGCAGUCGUACUGCCUCUAAAGUGAAGUGCAGCAUAGUGUUCCUCUGUCACAUAGUAGUCGUUUUAGAGUGUACUGUCCUUUGAGUGGAUGCUGAUGAUAUCACAUCACACUCCUCAUAAUAAACUCAACUUAUUCGCCAGGUUUGCUCUCCCAACUUUUCUCCUGUG